AACCCUGAAGAAAUCGAAAUAUGGAUGAAGCCGUAGUCAACUGGUACGUAUAGCAAAGAUCGAGCGGUCAUCGCAAAGCACUUGGAUUUAAGCCCCGAAUGACUGUGAUUCCAGCAAUAUAGAUACUAUUUUCUUCAUUUCAUUAAAACUUCACUCCAGGUUUAACUAAAAGAAAAACGUUGAUUAUCUAUUAUGUAACUACUUGCAUCUUAGUCCAUUGUAGUAUCUUCGGCCAUUUUGGGGAUUUGCAUCGGGUUUAACGCCUGCAAAUCACUUUGAAGUGUAUGCAAUUGUAUGCCCAUCUCUUGAUCGAAAGAAAAUCUCGGAACGGUUAACACCAGAGACCUCUGGAUCUCGGGAUGCGAAGCUUUCAAACAAAACAACAUUCAGUUUUGUCCGUUGCUUCACUGUGAAUUCGUCCAAAUUCGUCUCAGUCGUCCACUUUUUCAGUCUGCAACAGAUUAGUACAUUAGAAACUGCGCACUGCUGCGCACUUGUUAAGGAAUAUAAGUUAAAUACAUGUCAAGUACAGCAUAAGACGCAUCUGUUUUACGAUAGACAAAUCGAUUUAUUAUAAGGGUGCGUCUUAUGCUCCGAACACGUGUCUCCAUAUGUGGAAGUCCCUCAUUAAGAACUGAGGUCAAUUCAAUUUAGUGGACGUGAUUUCAUUUAUUUUUUUUUUUUGCACUUACUAUAAUAAAACUAUAAACAAAAAAUGAGUGUAACGCAAAAAAGAGUGUCAUACAAUGCGAGUUUUAAAUUGUCUGUUAUAAAUUAUGCUAAAGAGCAUGGAAACAGAGCAGCGGAAAGACAUUUUGGUCCACCGCCGACCGAAAAAAUGAUUCGCGAGUGGAGGAGGCAAGAAGAACCAUUGAAAUUGCUGAAUAAAGAUAGGAAAACUUUCCGUACUCACAGAGUGAAAUGGCCACAAUUAGAGGAGGCAAUGAAACUUUGGGCAAUGAAUGAGCAAAGUAUGGGAAAAACCAUUUGCACGAAAACGCUCAGUUUAAUGGCGAGCCGAUGGGCUAAAGCAAAUGGUAUUAAAGGUUUCCAAGGGUCGAGUUCUUGGUGCUUAAGAUUCUUGAAAACACAUGAGAUGUUGCCUGAAUGGUUUAAGUGUAAAAGAGCCGAAGAUAAAUUAGUUGUUGAUAAGAGUGAUAGUGCCAAGACGCAUGAAGACAAACUGAAUGUUGGUCAUUAUAAAGAAUUGGAUUCUGGCCCCGAAUUGACAACAAUUCAAAAAUCCGAAGACGAUGGUGAAUUGGAAACGAAAUUUGAUAUCGCUGAUCUUGUGAAUAUAGACCACGAGUUCACGAGCGGAGAUCCUCUGGCUGAAAAAACUGGAGAAGAUGAUCAUCACGAUUUCCAAGAAAACUCGAGAAACACAAUUCCGAGCGCUGAAAAUGCAAUGUCUCAACAACAAAACAAAACUGUGAUAUCGACUGUAACGAAAAACAGUGGAGGCAUAGUGAGAAAACGCGCCACGGCUGCUAUUUCAACAAAUCCCAAAAGGACGAAGAUCGAUACAUUACAUUCUGCAUCGAAGGACGCUCUGGAUCUCUUCUUCGACGGAAUCAAAUCGACGAUGAGGCAGUUUUCCGCCACUGACAUUCACCAGGUUAAAGCGAAGAUAUUCAGUAUCGUUUCCGAAGUCGAGGCCAAAUAUUUGGAUGUCCCUGAAAUGCAGACUGCGGAUGAUUUCGAGUUGGUUAAAGUGAAGGAAGAACUCAGCGAUUAUCACGUGCAGUUCUGCGAUGAAGAAGAGGAAGAGAGAAAUUCUAGUGUCAUGGAGGAGAGGAUGAUCAAAAAGGAAGUCAACAAUAUAGUUUCUAACGAUCCAUUGUAUAUGGGAGAGAGUUCAGGUUCAGGAAAAGGCAAAGUCGAAGAGGAUGCGUCAAAUAAGAAGGUUGUACGGAAAACUGCGUUUUGUCCUGUGUGGAACUGCUGCGAAGACAAUUGUUCUGUUAGGUUCAGUACGGAGAGGCAGCUGCAGAUGAACACGGAAUUUCAGAACUUCACGUCCGAAGAGAAGGAUGCAUAUAUUUGCUCGCUGGUCUUGGUGAUCGGUGACGAUUGCAAGAUAGAGAGGACAAGAGUUUACAGGUUACCGGAUUCGUUCGACGGUUCCAAUGUUGACGUGUGCAAGAAAAUGUUUCGCUCGGUUCUCAAUCUGACCAACAAAAGUAUAACUAAUGCCCUCAGCAAGAAGUCAUGGGGAGAAUAUGAGUUUCAUGAUACAUUGCUUGCCGAGGCUCGAGCCAGGCAAAUUGUACUGAACCGCAAAUUCCAGAUUUGAACAUUGUCGUUGUGUGUUUUAGCCACUCGUUGUAAUGCACAUCUCCAUAUGACCACUGGGCUGUAGUUUUCGAAAUUGUGCUUGACACAAGGGAGUGGAGAUUUAAAAGAAGAAGAUAAAUUGGUAUUAAAAGUUUUAUAUAUAAUAUAUAUUUGUUAUCUAAAAGAAUUGAAUAUUAAGUUUAAUAUGUAAAAAAAGAUCCAAAGAGAAAUUAUUUUAUUAUAGAUUUACGUAUAUUAUAUUUAACAUGGCUGUAUUUAUUGGGCGCGUGAGAACUGGGCGAUGGUCAAUAAAAUUAUUUUCAUUUUAUUUUUUUAUAUACAUCAAAUGUAUGUUACGUUCUAUUAUAUGACUAAACAAAUGUAAGCGAAUAUGUUACAAUUUUAUUUUAAAGUUUCAAUCGUCCAGUUGUCGCGCU